GGAGGGUCAGAGAGGAUCCGGAUUCCGAACGCGUACGCGUACGGAGUUGGCGUUUCCCAUUUGUUUUUUUUAAAUAAUACUUAGUCGUUUAUUUGGUCAUAUGUUUCGCGUGCCACUGCGGAGUGCGGACCGUAUUAGAGCAGUUUGCUUCUCAAACGUCAAAUUUUGGCGUCCGAAGAACAGAGGGAAAUGGCAGAAGCAUCAGCGAUUACGACAAUCUGGAAACUAGGUUUGCCAGAACAUGUAUCGCAUAAAAACCGCUUGCAAGAAUACACCCAGAGAUCUGCCAUUCCACUUCCGGUAUAUCAAACUUUGAACGAAGGAUCCUCACAUGCUCCAAGGUUUAGAGCUACUGUUUUGGUUGAUGGGGUUUCAUACGUGUCAUCCGAGACAUUUUCACAUCGUAAAGAAGCAGAGCAAUCUGUUGCAAAAUAUGCCCUUGAGCGUAUAUUAGAAAAGAUAAAGAGUGAAGGAUGCCCUCUACUCGGUGAGGAUACAACAUUUUGCAAAUCUAUUCUGAACGAGUAUGCACUUAAGAUGAACAUUGAGAAGUCUUCAUAUGAGACUAUUCAAUCAAAAGGACUGCUUCCAACGUUUUUUUCUUCCCUUUCUUUCAAUGGUAAACUUUAUACUGGUAGUGCAGGCCGAAAUAAGAAAGAGGCUGAACAAUUGGCUGCUCGUGCUGUUAUCCAGUCAAUUUUAGGUGAACCCAACUCAGGAACAUGCCUUCCUGAGAUCAUCAAAUCUAAAGGUAAACUUUAUGCUGCAGUGCAUAAUAUCAAGGAUUCUGGCACCUCUACAAGUAUAAGGAGAGAAGUUGGAGUCCUCCCAGGAACUGAUGAGUUUCCAAUGCCUGCAAAUGCUAGAACAUGUCAAGGACAACAAGGUGCUGUCCCAGUCCCAAAUUCAGAGCCACAUGGCCGUGAAAUCAAAAAACCAAAGUGGGAACUUGUAAGUGAAACAACUACUGGUGGUUCUGUGACAUCUUUCCCUGUUCCUCAGGCUGAUCAGUCACAUCCCAACCAAGUACAUAAUGAACUCCCAUUCGAACAGCCUUAUGCUGGGAUUGUUAGUGGCAGUUCCCAAGGUGCAGUUGUAGUCCAAAAUGAAGUUUCGCUGUCACAGCCUUCUGCUGUGGGAGGCAGUUCCCAGGGCACAGUUGCCACUACAGUUGCUGUGAAACACUCUCACCAAAAGAACAAGAGGAGGGCAGAAUAGAUCUCGAAAUGAAGGGUUACGGGCUGUGGCCACCAUUAAUCAGGCUGCUUCAUGUUUUGUAUCCCACUGAGUAGAGGUUGAGCAGGCUCCCACAUUUUCUCCUGUAAGAAAGAUGGUUUGCAUCCCUUGACGCUUUUACAUAGUGGCAGUCUCUUUCUCUUUUUUUUUGGUAGAAGUAUUGGCAGUCUGACUGGAAUGACCGAUUCUGCAUUGCUUGUUGGAUGCAAUAGAAGUAUACCUGAUGUUCAUGUGUAAUGAACUUCAAUUUAUAUAGUUCUUGUUGGAUGAAAUAGAUUUUCUUUUUCUCUUUGUUAAAAUAGAUAGUUGAUUAUCCAAAGAAAAAUGAAAAACAGUUGAUCUCA